GCACUCGCUAGCUCGCAACACUCAGAAAGUCAGAAUCAUAUAUAGCUAUAAUAUAUAUGCCCCUAAUAUUAUGGUAGGACUUGGAACAUUGUCGAUUAAUCUUGACCGAUUUUCAUACAUGCAAUUAUUUUAUUGAAUUUGUGACUACAUAUAUUACACGGAGUAAUUAUAAGCAUUGGCAGCUGGGUGGGUGAAUUAGGUGGAGCUCCGAUCGAUCCUUGUAUGUAAUUGAACGAUCGAGAAAUAUAAUGAUGGGUUAUGAAGUGGUUAUGGAUAAAAGCAUGAUCAUAGUCACAGUGCUGGGAUUAAUGGCGGGUUACUGCUGGGAAAUGGGAGAAGGGAGAUUCGUGGUGGAGACGAACAGCAUCACUGUGGUUCAGCCCUACGACCUCCACGCCAAGCACAACGCCUCCAUUUCGGACUUCGGAGUUCCCAAGUACGGCGGCUCUCUCGUCGGCAGCGUCGUGUACCCGUCGGCACAGCACGGCGGACCCCUCGGCUGCUCCUCCUUCCAGGGCUUUAAGCCUUUCAAGUCCAAAACUUCUCGCCCCAACAUUCUCCUUCUUGAUCGUGGAGAAUGUUAUUUCUCGUUGAAGGUCUGGAACGGGGAACAGGCGGGGGCAGCUGCAGUCUUAAUAGCUGAUUCGUAUGAUGAGCCGUUGAUAACAAUGGUUUCUCCGGGCGAAAGCCCGGGCAACGAUGGAUACCUAGAGAAGAUUGGGAUCCCAUCGGCUUUGAUCGAACGGUCCUUCGGAAACACCUUGAAGGCUGCUUUGAAGAAAGGCAACGAAGUUGUGAUCAAAAUGGACUGGACGGAGUCAAUGCCGCACCCGGAUGAGCAGGUGGAGUACGAACUGUGGACCAACGGCAACGACGAGUGUGGGAAGAGUUGCGAUGAGCAGAUGAACUUCAUUAAGAAUUUCAAAGGGAAUGCUCAGAUUCUCGAAAAGGGUGGAUUCACAGCGUUCACACCUCACUAUGUCACAUGGUACUGCUUUGAGCCUUUCAGUAAGAGCAGCCAAUGCCAGUCCCAGUGCAUAAAUCACGGCAGGUACUGUGCUCCUGAUCCAGAGCAGGAUUUUCAGAAAGGGUAUGAAGGAAGGGAUGUAGUGCUGGAGAACUUGAGGCAGCUUUGCGUGCACAGGGUUGCCAAUGAGACUGGAAAAUCCUGGGUUUGGUGGGAUUACGUCACAGAUUUCCACAUCCGGUGUUCCAUGAAGGACAAGAAAUAUAGCAAAGAAUGUGCAGAAGGAGUCUUGAAAUCUCUCAACCUGCCUAUGGAAAAGAUGGCGAAGUGCAUGGGUGAUCCUGAAGCCGAUGCCGACAAUCCACUACUGAAAGCUGAGCAAGAACAUCAGAUAGGUCAAGGGACUCGUGGAGAUGUUAUUAUGUUGCCCACCAUGGUCAUAAAUAAUGUCCAAUACAGAGGUAAACUUGAGAGGACUGCUGUGCUGAAAGCAAUUUGUGCUGGGUUUAAAGAAACAAGUGAACCUGCAAUCUGUCUUAACGGAGAUAUGGAGACAAAUGAGUGUCUUGAAAAUAAUGGUGGCUGCUGGCAUGAUCCAAAGUCUAAUGCAACGGCCUGCAAGGACACGUAUAGGGGGAGGGUUUGUGAAUGCCCUUCCUUGAAUGGUGUUGAGUACAAAGGCGAUGGAUAUGCAUCAUGUAAAGCUGUUGGGCCUGGAAGGUGCAUGUUAGACAAUGGUGGUUGCUGGUCAGAGACCAAACACGGAAUAACUUUUUCUGCUUGCUCAGAAGCUCUUGUUUCUGGCUGCAAGUGUCCUAAUGGCUUUCGAGGGGAUGGCCAUAAAUGCAAAGAUGUGAAUGAGUGUAAGGAAGGAACAGCCUGCAAGUGUGAUGGUUGCUCUUGUACAAACACUUGGGGUGGAUAUGACUGCAAAUGCAGAUGGGAUAAUUUGUACAUAAAGGAGCAUGACAUAUGUAUAGAAAGAAACUCCUCAAAAGUUGGACGGUUGAUCACUUUGAUAGUUUUGGCGGUUGCACUUUGUGCUGGUAUAACUGGAUACAUAUUUUACAAAUACAGACUACGGUCAUACAUGGACUCGGAGAUAAAAGCUAUUAUGGCACAGUAUAUGCCACUUGACGACAAUCAUCACAAUCGGGUUGUCCAGCAUGGAACUCAUGAGCCAAUUCCCCAAGAAGGCUCAUCUAUUGCUUGAAUAAUUGAAGAUCGAUGAGGCAGUCUGAAACCAAAAUCAUCAAGCCCAAGAGGAUUUCUACGUUUUAAACCAGCGUUUUUUCGCCGAGGAGGAUAAACAAUACCGUGUAUCAUUAAUAGAUACGGAGUAGUAUAUAACAGAGAAGUGAAAGAACAGCCUUUUUGCAUGCUUAACUAUACCGUGAUUACAGUCUUUAUGUGUAACAUAAAGUUUAUUUAUGAGUUAAAUUCAAUGACAAAGUUCCUACAUAGGAGUUCAAUGUUUGA